AUGAACAGGAGUACCGUUUCUGAAGAUAUUGCGUUGGCCGGUAUCAAAAAAGAAGUUCUGCGAUCCCUUCCAUUUUGGAAGUCGUUUGUGGAGCUGCGCGAGGCAUACCAUCGGAGACCACGAGUUUUUUCGUGUGAUGUUUCUAUUAAGAGUCGCAAGGCAUGCUCCCACUUUGUGGGGUUUGAUGUACUUUGGGUGCAGUCGGAGGUUGUUUUGGUGAGUUGGCGGAGACCUUCAAAAAGAAACCGCGCAAACGACUUACCUCCCGAGUUCGUCGAGGUGCAUCUAACUUUUGGCUCGAUGCAUUUUGUUCACCAAAACGUCCACCUCGUCGGGGACCAUUGCAGCUACAGUCUGCAGUCGGUGGUGCUUCUGCAGCGACCCGAACAGUUGCAGUGUGUGGCGGGCAACAUGGUGCACUUCGCCUUCCUUGUCUACGGUAUGCUGCACAUUUCUCAACGGGAUGGGUUUCUUACCGAACCUCGUGCCAUCCUUCCUCCACCCAACUCGGCGGUGAUGCUGCUUGGAAUGGGUGGAAAUAGCAUGGAGCGUGGAAUUCGUUAUAUUCUGGGGGAAGACGCCCACAUUUACAUUGCAGAAAUUGAACCCGCCGUAGUAAGCACGUGCCGAUUUACCGGCCUGCUGAAGGAAAAUGCGAAUACGCAUGUUUGCUUGGACUCGGCUGAAAGGACCAUUCAAAAGUGCCCCGAAAAGUGUACUUUCAUCUUUAUGGAUCUCUUCGAGCCGCUCAGUGGAAAAAUGGUGAACACGAUGCCUCUUAUCCGACAGGCAUUUGACAUUCUAGCGCCUAACGGAAUUCUUCUCAUCAAUGAGCACAGCAUUCCCACCGUGGAACACCUUCUGCCCCUACUCCAUCUAUUUGGAGACCACAACGUUCAGUUCGUCAACGUUCGUGGUUGGAAUGAAAGCAUAAUUGCUGCAACAAAACCAGGAGGCAACGCAGAUGGCCUGGGAAGAAAAUGCUCCAAGAGACUUGCAACGGACGUGCUAAACGACUUUGAUCACACAUUCCCCGGAUGGAUGCCGGAUAAAAACUACUUUUUGAGGUCACAAAUUCUGUACGCUAAGCCACUCACAUUAAAACUUCACGCACGUCAAUGGGCCUCAUAA